UUGGCUGGGCCCUCAGCCUAUCAGCGGGCUCCGGAAGUGCCGGCGGUCUCGUGCCCUGUGUGUGUGUCCGCGCGCGGGAUGGCGCCGCCGCUGCGGCAGCGUCUCCGGGAGGCCGUGGCGGUGCUGGGCGGGGGCGGCCUUCUCUGCGCCUCGUACCUGGUGGCCGUGGGUGAGGAGCGGUUCUACGCCGAGCGUCUGAUGCCGGGGCUGCAGCGGUUGCUGGGGCCCGAGACCGCCCACGUGCUCGCCAUCCGCCUGCUCAGCCUGGGGGUCCUGCCCCGCGUGGCCCAGCACGACUCGGCCAUGCUGGAGGUGUGCGUCCUGGGACGGAGGUUUCGGAACCCGGUGGGCCUGGCAGCCGGCUUUGACAAGCACGGGGAAGCCGUGGAUGGGCUCGCCAAGCUGGGAUUUGGCUUUGUGGAAGUGGGGAGUGUCACCCCACAGCCUCAGGAAGGGAACCCCAAACCUCGGGUCUUCCGGCUGCCAGAGGACCAGGCUGUCAUUAACAGAUACGGCUUUAACAGCCAUGGACAUGCCGCCGUGGAGCGUAGGCUUCGGGCCCGGCAGGGAGCACAGCUCCAGCUCACGGAAGCUGGGAUGCCCCUUGGAAUAAACCUGGGUAAGAACAAGGGCUCGGCAGAUGCUGCGCCAGAUUACGUGGAUGGGGUCCGGACGCUGGGCCCGCUGGCCGACUACCUGGUGGUGAACGUGUCCAGUCCAAACACGCCGGGGCUGCGGGACCUGCAGGGCAAAGCCGAGCUGCGCCGCCUGCUGGCCAAGGUGCUGGAGGAGAGGGAUUCCCUGAGGUGUGAGCGCAAGCCGGCUGUGCUGGUGAAGAUUGCCCCUGACCUGACUGCCCAGGACAAGCAGGACAUAGCCAGUGUGGUGACCGAGUUAGGUGUGGAUGGGCUGGUCGUCACCAACACCACCACCAGCCGUCCCAGCAGCCUGCGGGGCACCCUGCGCGCGGAGCCUGGCGGCCUCAGCGGGCGGCCCCUGCGAGCACUCUCCACGCAGACGGUCAGCGAGAUGUACGCCCUCACCCAAGGGAAGGUGCCCAUCAUUGGCGUGGGCGGGGUGAGCAGCGGGCAGGACGCACUGGAGAAGAUCCGGGCCGGGGCCUCCCUGGUGCAGAUGUACACGGCGCUCACCUACCAGGGGCCCCCUGUGGUGGGGGUGGUGAAACGGGAACUGGAGGUGCUGCUGAGGGAGCAGGGGUUUCAGAGUGUCACAGAAGCUGUUGGAGCCGAUCAUCGGUGCUGACGGGCGUGUGGUGCUGUGGAUGGGGCUCUCUGGGCUGCCCCCGGAUGCCCCAGCCUGGAGAAGCUGCAGCACCCUGGGAACAGGGCUUGGUACUUCUUGGGUGUGAGCCAAUCUGGUCUUUGGACUGAGUCAUCCCCUGUGUAGAGUGUGUGUGUGUGUGUGGGGGUCUUGUGAUGUACAGAGACCCCUGAAUGGGCUAACGGGGUCAUGGUGAGCUUGUGGUCUCUGUGCCAGUGGUGCCCUGGGCAUGUGGGGAAGGCUCCCAGCUGCCCUGCAUGGAGGGACCUGAGCAAGGCCUGGGCAGGGGAGCUCUUCCCAGAUGUCUGCUGAGCAGUGCUGGCAGUGUGGGGCCGGGCUGAUCCUUGCCAAUCCUGAGCAGCUGCAGGUCGGGGACCCUGCCCUAUGAAGCUGUGAUGCAUGCUCUGGUGGCACGAGGCCUGGCCUGCUGCUGGGGUGGUGCCAAGUCCCUGCCCCCCCUUCUCGAGCUGGGAAGUCUUCGCGAUUUGCCUGCGAAGGGGCUCGCCUCCCCCCCACUCCCCAUGUGGGUGCACAAGGCCUUGAGCCUGACGCGGCCCUGGCCAUGCUCUUCAUGGAGCCAGCUGGGUCAGGCAGUGCCCUGAGCAGCGUCACUGGCAGCCCUGCUGUGCGCCGCUGCCCCAGCCCAGCCCUCGCUGGCCUACAGGGCCCUGCCUGAGCGCUGGCUUGCCCUUCGCCUCCCUGACCAUAGCUGUCUGUGCUGCUCCCCAGGACUGGCUGGCUGGGGGCUGUAUCUGAAGGAGACUGGGGCGGGGGCCAUUCCUGGGCCUGGCUUCUCACUGGAUUGUCAGUAAACUUGCUGCUCGUUCA